AUGUCGCGACCCAACGAAAAUCUAAGGCCCGAGUUAUUAAGAAGUCUAGAGUCGAGGAAACACUUGAACUCGAGGACGGUUUCUACCAAUACUUCCACGAAUUCUUUAUUUUCACUACAUGGCUCAAGCUCAUCGUCAAUUUAUCCGACGAUUUCACAUACAGAAACAGAGAUAGAUGUGAGUAACCAUACAGAUGGGUACUUUGCCGGAUUACAAGGCUCAUCGUCGGCGAACCAUGCUGCUAACAAUUCUUAUUUGUCUCAGGGAAGUUCGUUGACUAUACAGUUUGGGAACAAGAGGCAGAAUUUAAACCAUAAAUUUUGCGUGAUUCUCAUCGGUUUACCAGCCACUGGAAAGUCUACCAUAUCCAGACAUUUGAUCAAUUUCCUUCACUCGUCUCGUAGUACAGCGCAUCUUCGAUGCUCUAUCUUCAAUGCCGGUAACGUGAGACGUAAGUUGAGCACCCGCCGUCAGGUCUCGCCGUUCAUGGCGCCUGAGUUGAACAAGUCGGAGGAGGACGUUUUCAAUCCAAAGAACUCGCAUAAGAAAGAGGAAUAUGCAAGAAUAGCCCUUUCUAAGCUUUUGAAUGAUUUGAAACAAGAUAGAUGUGAUUUGGCUAUAUUCGACGCCACCAACUCGACUUUGCAAAGAAGAAAUUACGUGUUGCAGGAGAUUAGAUCCUUCAAUAAGGCCCAAUACGAUAAACAUAAUGCAAGAAGAAGCAACAAUAAGAACCGCGCACGUGGGGAUGAUAUAGAUGAAGAUGAAUAUGAAGAUGAGGCCGACGAUCGUGCUGAUGCGAUUCAUAUAACACCUAUCUUUUUGCAAGUCUCCUGCACUGAUCCCAACUUCAUCAAAUACAACAUACACAAUAAGACUUUUAAUCAGGAUUAUUACGAUAAGCCUUACGAAUUUGCUGUGAAAGAUUUCGCAAAAAGAUUACAACAGUAUCAUUCGCAGUUUGUUCAAUUCAGCAGAAGCGAAUUCGACCACUAUUGCAAAGAAAAUGCAAGAGUGAACGAAGGUUCUCACAAUCCAAAUUUCGGUUUAUUCUUUUUCCAUAUCAUGAACGCAGGACAAUUUUCUGCAGACGAUAGUAAUAUGUACUACUUCCCCUCGCAAUACUGUUCCGAUACAGCAGAACUUAUCAAUACAAUGGAAUAUUUCAUGGAGAAUUAUUCUAAAAUGUACGGAUACGGAUACAUCGAAAAGGCUAACGAAUUUUUGAAGUAUGGGACAUCGUCCCCUACUUCUCCUCAACCAUCCUCUUCCCGUGAUAGAUCUGAUGCCAUAGAUGAAAAUGUCCGAAAAUCCAAUAUAAUGACGUUGCACGAAAGUAUCAAUGAUACUUAUCUACAAACGUUGUAA